CACCUCCGGAAGUACACAGGUUCUCUGAUAAAUUCUUUACCCAGCAGCUGAAACAGCUCAUAGUCUUCAGACCUACAGGCUGUGAUGGAUCACAGAGUGACUGUAGUUUCCCGGCAGCUUUGGGGAGCGGUGGAACCUCGAAGCAGGGUCCUUUUGAAAUGUCCUUCCUGCAGAGUCAUCAUGCACCACACUGCAUUCACAAACUGUAAUGACCGAAGAAACUGUGUGGACCAGCUUGCCAAAAUACAGACGCUGCACAUGAAUGAAAGAGGCUUUGAUGACAUUGGAUAUAAUUUUCUUGUUGGAGGAGACGGUACAGUGUAUGAAGGUCGAGGCUGGGGUGUGGUUGGAGCACAUACCAAAGGUCACAAUGACGACUCCUUGGGUGUUGCCUUCAUGGGCAAUUUUAACAAUGACACACCAGCUGCUGAGGCGAUAUUGGCAGUCAGACAAUUGCUGCUGUUUGGAGUUUCCCAGGCCUUUUUACACCCAGAGUUUGAACUGCUAGGACACAGAGAUGUGGGAAAAACAGAAUGUCCUGGAGAAAAACUUUAUGCUUUACUACCAACUAUAAGGUGAAGAAAGAACAUGAGACACACUGCAGAUUUAAUGGAUUUGCUCUCGCAAGAUUCUGGUCCCAUGCACACUGACCUCCAUCAGCUUUCUGGGAAAGCCAAUCAUGGACUACUGAAUAACUUUCUGUUGUUUCCUGAGAUAGGUUCUGUUCAUGGAGAUGUACAUCUCUAUGGUCCUGUUCCACAAGACAGUUGACAGCUG